GGUUAUGCUGGGCUUAAUUUAUCAGAGCCUUACUGCAUUCUUACCCAUCUCGGAGGAAGGAUACCACCUUUAAACAAUGAAUUCAUGCGUAAAAUACACAUUUAUUUUUAUAGCAAUUGUUUCCAUAAUUAUUAAUAUCAUCUUCAUAUGUUUUAGCCUACAAAAAACGCCCAAAUGCAUUUCAAAAUCUGCAAAACACAUGGAGCACAACGACCACAGUCUGGUUUUUGCGGAUUUGUCUGCUGUGGAAUACAAACAGGUUAGAGAUUAUAUGUGGAAACAGCCUGAUUUAAACAUUUCCAAGAAAGCAACUGCAUCUCCGUCCGAAAACUUUAUUUUUCUGAUAGAUCUCCGCCUUCCAAAGAAAUCGGAUGUGCUUCGUUAUUUGGAUAUGAACGAAAAGAAGCCUGAUAGGGAAGCAUCGGUAGUGGUUUUCUAUGGUUCUCUUGGAAAGAUUGAGGAGUACGUCGUUGGUCCUCUCCCGCAGCCAACAUACCGUAAAACUGUAACUUUGCAAAAAUACAAAACUCAACCGCCGAUCAACGCAAGACCAGUUACGGUCGGGGAAUAUAUGCAACUCUUUGCAUUCAUUCAUAAACAGGUAUUUAAAAAUCUAACUAAACUGCUCCUAGAAAGUUUUAAUGUGUCGAAGGAAAGUAUUUUGCAUCCAUUUGAGGGCAUGCCCAGAGGGGUCAAAUCUGGUGACAGGCGGACCUGGUUUGCAUUCUUCCGAGAUUAUAGUGGUAUGUACAUACACCCCGUCGGAUUUGAGGUCCUGAUUAAUCACAGCAACACAAACUGUGAGUAUUGGACUGUAGAUAAGCUGAUGUACAACGGGCAGUAUUUUGAUACCGUGGAAGAGCUUAAAAACAAGUAUGAAGCAGGCAAGAUUAUUAAGAUAGUUUUUACUCCUAUAGAAAAUUAUGCAUCCUUGAAACCUAGAGUUAAACCUGCAGAAAUAAGCCCUCAGCAGUAUUAUCCCCAAGGUCAACGCUUUAGUGUACAGAAAAAUCAGGUUUUGUACCUAGACUGGAGUUUUGCGUUUGGUCUCAGUUCCCUCACUGGCAUGCGAGUGUUUGAUGUGCGCUUUAAGGGUGAAAGAAUUGCCUACGAGAUCAGUGUUCAAGAGGCCAUGUCAGUGUACGGCUCCAUCACCCCUGGGAUGAUGCUGACAAAAUUCCUGGACUCCAGCAUUGGGAUCGGUCGGUUUGCCCAUGAACUGGUCCGCGGCAUUGAUUGUCCAUAUACCGCCACCUAUGUAGACACUUACCGCUACAUCGAUUUCAAUGCUGCCCAAAGGUUUCGAAACUCCAUCUGCAUUUUUGAGCAUGACACCGGCCGCCCUCUCAGGAGACACUUUUUCGAUUUUUUCCAUUACGGUUAUGGUGGCAUGCCAAACACUGCUCUGGUUUUGAGGACUAUCACAUCCAUAGGCAACUAUGAUUACCUGUGGGACUUCAUUUUCUACCAGAGUGGAUCUAUUGAAGCUAAAGUACACGCAACUGGUUAUAUAUCGUCUUCUUACUAUGUAAAAGGUAAUCUGCAGUUUGGCCACCAGGUGGCAAACCACACCAUUGGCAAUAUUCACACUCACUUUGUGAACUUCAAAGUUGACCUGGAUGUCUUAGGGCAAAAGAACAUUUUUCAAACAAAAGAUAUGGAAUUUAAGGAAGUGGAGAUACCGUGGGUUACUGGGAAAAAAGCGAAGAUCCCCCAUCUUGUGGAGAAGCUAAUAAACACGGAGCAGGAUGCUGCCAUGCGCUAUGACAGAAAAACACCGCGCUACUUGCACAUCGCUAGCAACCGCACCAACCGCUGGGGCCACCAUCGAUCCUACAGGCUUCAGGUGUUCAGCUUCACCGGAGACCACUUACCACAAACUGAGCCAGAGGAGAAGUCCAUGUCUUGGGCCAGGUACAAAGUGGCUAUUACGAAGUACAAAGACGAUGAGUUGACGAGCAGCAGCCUAUACAGCCAAAAUGAUAUGUGGUCCCCAGCUGUGGACUUCAGCAAAUUCAUUGAAGAUAACGAGAGCAUUGUCCAGCAGGACCUGGUUGCCUGGGUAACCACUGGCUUUCUACAUAUACCUCAUGCAGAGGAUAUACCCAACACUGUAACCGUUGGCAAUGGAGGCGGAGUCAUUUUAAGGCCCCAUAACUACUUUGAUGAAGAUCCAUCUGUCAAUUCUCCGGACGCGGUGUACAUCACUCCAAAAGCGGAGCAGAGCUGUGAGACCAACAGGAUGGCCUGCUUUGAUCAAGGGACAUGUAGCCCAACUGUACCUCCUUUUACAUAUAACGGCUUUGAAGGGUCCUUGCAAUUUGAGGAAUGAAGUCCUGUUGAAGGCUGAUACAGUAGGUUCCGUCCAGAAGUAGAAAAAAAUACUAAUUUGCAGCUUAUUACACACACAGGCUGCAGAGAGAAAAUUUAGCUAUAUUACUUAUUACUAAUACAAAAUACACUAUUUUCUACAUAAACACAAUUUUUUGACAAAGUGAUUUUAUUGAUUUAAAAUUUUGAGAAAAAUUUAAAUAUGUAGCUUGUUAGCACGUGGGGAAUUUAAUAUAACAAAUGAAUAAUUACUUCACACACCAUCUGUUUUGACCUUUCAUGAAGACUCCAGAUAGCUGAUAAUUUUAGAUUGUUAGAAGAAGGGCUGCACGAUUUAUCGAUUUCAAAUCAACGCGAUUAGCAAGCCUCAAAAAUCGCGAUUUAGGAUAUACAUUAUACAGCACGUCGGACUCAGGGUUUAAAACUGCUGUGAGAAUACUUUUACAAA